AUGUAUGCAGGGCUCGUGGCAGGCCGUCGGGCCCUAGGCGUGCAGGAAUAUCCUCGUCCUGGCAGAGCAGCAGCCGUGCUGGCGCCGGGAAGCAGAGUUCCCGCGGGCGGUCAGACUGCAGUAGACCAGCUCCAGAAGUGGCAGAGAUACCUCCGGUACCCUCGCCUUCUCCCAGAGGAUGGAGGUUAUGUGGGUUGGCAGAUUGCAUUCCAGGCGGCAGCAGGCACGCUUUAUGACCUUCUCGUCAUUGGAGGCCAAGCCCAAGGAGUUAUCGACGCACUGCAGCAGCGUUUCCCUCAUGGGGGGGGAUGA